AUGAGCCAACCAAACAUCACCCUCUACACAAUGCAGACGCCAAAUGGCAUCAAGAUCUCCAUUGCACUGGAGGAGCUUGGUUUGCCAUACAAGGUUGAAAAAAUCGACAUCUCGAAGAACACCCAAAAGGAAGAGUGGUUCCUCAAAAUUAACCCCAAUGGCCGCAUUCCUGCCUUGACAGACACAUUCAGUGAUGGCAAGGAUAUCCGACUGUUCGAGUCCGGCAGCAUUCUGGAGUAUCUGGCAGAGCAAUACGAUACAGACUACAAGAUCUCCUUCCCCAAGGGGACACGAGAAUACUACGAGAUGAAGUCCUGGCUGUACUUCCAGAACGCAGGCCUGGGGCCUAUGCAAGGCCAAGCCAACCAUUUCUAUCGGUAUGCGCCCGAGCGCAUUGAGUAUGGUGUGAACCGAUACAUCAAUGAGUCACGUCGUUUGUAUGGCGUGCUGGACAAGCACCUCUCUGAGUCCAAGUCUGGGUAUCUUGUCGGUGAUCACGUCUCCAUCGCAGAUAUCGCACACUGGGGCUGGGUAGCUGCAGCGGGAUGGGCCGGAAUCGACAUUGAAGAGUUCCCUCAUGUCAAGGCGUGGGAGGAGUUAAUGGCACAGCGAGAAGGUACCGAGAAAGGUCGCCAUGUCCCUACCCCUCAUACUAUCAAGGAACUCCUGAAAAAUAAAGCGGCGGCAGAGAAGGAGGCUGCCGGCACUCGGUCGUGGGUCCAAGAUAGUAUGAGUGCCGAUGCCAAGAAGGCUUAG